CUUGGCGGCACACGAAAGUGUAGCUUGGAUGCAUACUUCGCACUAAAUUUACUAACGAGAAUUUGAAGGUGGAAUUUUUCAAUUAUAGCCAUCCAUGAUGAAUGAAGAACUCUGCCAGAUCACCAAUGCCACUGUCAAUUUGGAUGGAAAGUCUCUGAAAGAAAUUCCUGAAGAAUUAAUGUUUGACGAGAAUGUCCGAUUCCUUUCUUUGGCACAUAAUAAAAUUAAACGUUUGCCUAAAGAUCUCAAGAUUUGGCUGCACCUGGAGACAUUGUCAGUGGAAAAUAACAAACUUACCUCAGUUCCAUUUUCCAUUCAGUCACUACAAAACCUCAGAUCUCUGAACCUGAACAAUAAUGGGAUCUCUCAUCUUCCAAAUGAAAUCUGUCACCUUAAGAAUCUCAAACAAAUGUAUCUGAGUCAGAACCAGCUUGUGCAACUGCCUACAGCAUUUGGGGACUUGGCAGCACUGGAGGUACUAGGCAUCAGUGCAAACAAGCUCACCUUCUUGCCAAAGUCAAUGGCAAACCUCAAAAACCUUCAUAUUCUAAAUCUUGACUCCAAUCACUUUUCAUACUUCCCUCGUGACAUUUGCUGCCUUGCCAACCUCAUCAAGCUGAGCCUUUCAGGAAAUCGUCUGCUGAGCUUGCCUAAGGAGGUUUCAGAGAUGGUGAAUUUAAGAGAGCUAUCCCUCAAUGACAACAAGCUUACAUUUCUGCCCAGGCAGCUUUUUGAUUUGUCCAAUUUAGAAGAACUCAGCUUGCAUGGAAACCACCUAACUGCUCUGUCGGGUGAAAUUAAGAAACUGCAGGAGCUCCGAGUUCUGGAUAUUAGUAAAAAUCGAAUUAGUGUGGUGACUGAGGGGAUAAGCGACUGCAGAAACUUGCGGCGUCUGUCCCUCAGAGAAAACCAAAUAAGCUGCCUUCCCCAGGGCAUUGGGGCUUUGACAAAUAUUACAGAGCUACUGGUUGAUGAAAACCUUCUUGAAAACCUGCCAGAAGGAAUGUGUCGUUUACAAAAGCUUGCAGUGCUUAAAUGUUCAGGCAACGUGCUGAAGGAAGUUCCAAUUGAAAUAAGCAAAUGUACCCUUCUAACUGCAGUAGACCUGAGUAGCAACCGUCUUCUCCGGAUUCCGCUUGGCAUUUGCUCUUUGGUCGCCCUCAGACAUCUGAACCUUAGCUGUAAUUCAGUAUGUGAAGCAAUGGAGGAUAUUGCGCACCUUACAAACCUGCAGCGUCUCGAGCUUAGCAGUAAUACGAUGACCAUUUUUCCUCUUCAGAUUUGCAAGCUACAAAACCUGCAGUACUUAGAUUUAAGUAACAAUUUGAUAGAAAGAAUUCCAACAGAGAUUAUGGAUUUAAAAAGUAUCGAGGUACUUCUGCUCCAAAAAAACAAGUUGGUCAUUUUCCCCACUGCACUAUGCCACCUGAACAGCUUAUUGGUACUCGACUUAACUGACAAUCAGGUGUCACAUAUUCCAGCUGGCAUGCAAAAGCUUGGAAACCUUAAAGAACUGAAACUUUCAAACAACCAUUUUAAAGAAUUUCCAUUAGAAAUAUGUGAACUUGUCUCUUUAGAAAGACUAAUCAUUUGCCAGACAAGCGGCUUGAAGCUCACUCAGCUGCCUGAAGAACUGUCAAAACUCUGCAGUCUUAAAGAACUUGAUGUCUCAGACAAUGCCUUACAGAUGAUACCGGACAGUAUUGGAGACUUGAAGAAUCUCGCUAAAUUAAUGUUAGAUAAUAACAAUCUCACUCAGCUUCCAAGAUCCAUUUCUUCAAUGGAAUGUAUGCAGAGCAUCAGUGCCAAAGGAAAUCAACUAAAAUCCUUACCUAGCGAUCUUGAAAAAAUGUGUACAUUACAGAAAGUUGAAUUUGAUGGAAAUCCUCUUGGACGGCCACCUAAAGCGGUUUGUGAAGGAAUGCAGCUGUAUUCCAUUGGACAGUACCUGAAAAGUGCAGACUUACUGGACGAAAAGCUGCUGCUGAAAAUCUUGAUUUAUGUUUCAAACAACAUUUCACCUGCAGACUUUGAUUUCUUUUGCAAGAAACUAAGCAUACCCAAUAAGGACAUCAUAUAUUUACUGAAUGCAAGAUCGGUGCCACUUCAGGAGAAAGUCCUGCAUGUUUUGAACAGGUGGAGGCAGGAACACAGUGGCAGCCUGGACUCGGCUGCAGCGGUAGACCAGUUAAUAAGAAUACUGAUUAUGGCUGAUUUACAUUAUCUUGCAGUGAGAGUCAAAGCCAUAAAGAUUUAUUCACAAGCAAUCAGGCUUUAAAUCAUGGGUGUUUAUUAAGGCUAAUGAAAAAAGCAUGUAAAACUGAAUUUGAUUGAAUUCCAAUUCCUCAAUCGAUGUGUAUGCAGAGUGAAGAAAGGUUUCAGGAAAUGUAAAAUACUGCACAAAUAUACUGUAACUACACAUGUUAAGCAGAAAUUUACUUUUGAAAGCUAACACUAGAGCUGAAUGGGCGAGCAGAGACUGGCUUUGUGGCUUCACAGAUCCAGCACCCUGAGUUCGAAUCCCAUUCCCUUCCCUUCUUUGUAGAAUUUGACCUGCAAUUCCACUUUGGCUCUGUUUGAAUAAGAGUGUUGGUUUGCGUAUGAAUGGGCGACUGCCCUGUGAUGGCGCCUUGUCCAGGGUUUGUCUAGCGCUGCCAAGCUCGUUGCAACCAUGAACUCAUAUAUAAGAAUGUUAAAAUUAGAAAAUCAAAGACUGUCUUGACUUGAGUAAGACAGCCAUUCACUACUUUAACCUUUAACUUGUGAAAUGGCUAUUUUACUGUAAUAAUCCCCAAAAUCUCCAAUAUGUUUUUGCUUUUAAUUUAAUGUUGGGAAGGUAGGCUCUGACCUCACAUGAUUAUGAAUGCAAUAAGCACAUUUAAGAAGGGGAUGUUAGGUUACAACUUAGCAUUUAAAGUAACUGAAUGGUGUUUGCAAUAUUACAGUCUCGUCACAAACUAUUUUAUUUAUGAAUUAAAUACUACAAACGUUAACAUAUUGGAUCAUUUAUGACUUGCAAGUGUAUAAUUUCACUAUACCAGGGUUAUAUGUUAAUAUUAAUUCAAUUUCUUUUCUGGAUUAUUCCACAAACCAUUCUCUAUUUCAGUGACAGCAAUUAAAUGGAAUAACACAUUGUUAAUAAAGACCUGCUCAUCCAUUUCAAACUUACGGUAUUUGGUAGACUCUGCAGCAAAAGUUGGCAGUAAAGAGCAUAAGGCACUUGCUCAACUUGGCAUGGGCACCAUCUCAACAUGAGCUGCACAAAGACAGCUAGUCAGCCUGCUGCAUAUCUGCUGUAUCAGGAGUCUGACAAAUUAGUAUUAGUAUAUACGAGCAUACAAAUUAGGAGUACAGUACUUUGAAAAAAACUCACACGAGUAUAACGGAAAAAUGCAAAGUUGACAACAAGGGCACUCCUAACUAGGACUGAACAACGCAGAGGCAAAGCAUGAACCUAUACAGUAUAUCACCUCUAAAGAAACUCCACUCACCUUAAUGAAUAAAUGGGGUUAGGCUUUUAUGCAUUGUAGCUGUGGGAAAUGUACUGUGAACAUAUUUUUUGUAUUAAUAAAAUAUUAUGUACAUGCAUUUCUACACACUCACUGCUACAUUUUCAUGAAGAAUGUCUUUGCCUCUUUUUAAAUUUGAUCUUCAAAACUGAUUAUCAGACAAUUGUGUUUUUCGUCGUACCGUAAUAACAGAGAUGAUAGCUCAGUCCCGGGUGAGCACUGCUGGCUACAGAUUUCCGCUGCCUCCGGUUUCCUACUGAGGACGUCAGUCCUACUUUUCAUUAAAGUUUGUACCUGUUUGCCGAUUUCUAAUGCUCUUAUUACUUAGUCACAAGGAAUCUGGAAAAGUGUGAGGAGUUUUUGUAAGACGUUUAGAAAGAUGGGUGCUGUAUGUGAUAGCUAACAACAUCUGUGUUUUUUAUUUUUAAAUUCAUUUAUUUCUGUCAGUUAUAUAUUGCAACAAUUGAUAAAGUAAACAGAGCAGAAAAGGGGAAACUGACUGUGAACGUUCAAGAGGACCAUCUGCUUUAGAAUCAAAUCCACAUAUGUGACUCUUUGGAAGCAACACACGUAUAAUAGUUGCAUGUUUAUAAAAGGCAGACAUUCCUUAUCGGGUAUUUCUGAUUUAACACAACAAAGAUAAAAACAGUGACUUUUAUAGCGUGUUGAAACCUGCUGCAGUUAAUUACAAGAACUGCUUGGAAUGAAAACCCGUAUGACACACUAGCAAUAAUCUGAAAAGACCUACAAUCACAGAUAAAAAAUGCAAUACAGGGGUCCUUGGGUUACAACGUUUCGAGUUUACAACGCUCACUCCCAUAAAAACUUUUAAAAAAAUGUGACGUGAGAAGG